AUGGGCAGCCAUGUCGAAACCCAUGCGCUGAGCGCCACCGCAUCAAAACAAAUUGCGCAAUGGGAGAAGAACAUCGCUCCAGGAUUUGCCAGCUUCCCUGUUGUCUGGGAAAGCGCCGCAGGCCACACGGUAACCGACACAGAUGGCAAAGAGUACAUCGACAUGAUCUCGCAGUUUGCGGUCGUCAACUUCGGACAUUCUCACCCGCACAUCAUUGAUGCCGUCGUCGAGCAGACCCGGCGAUGUGCGCUCACCAAUACAUCUUACAUGAACCCGCUCUAUGGGAAGCUCGCGACGAGACUGACGGAAAAAUUCGGUUACGAUGCGAUCGCCUCUAUGGUGACGGGCGCUGAAGCUGUAGACGCGUUGAUCAAGAUCGCGCGCAAAUGGGCCUACGUUACGAAAGGCAUUCCGAAUGACGAGGCGAUCAUUCUGACGACGGACCAGUGCUAUCAUGGUCUAACGUUGGCAACUAUGGGGCUCUCAAAUCGCAUUGCGCAGAACUUUGGCAAGCAUCUACCCAAUGUCGGCCCCUACGAUCCGCAGACGGGUCAAGUGGUGCGUUUUGGAGACGUUGAUGAUCUUGAAAACGCCUUGGCGGAGUCCAGCAGUCGGAUUGCAGCCUUUUUGAUCGAGCCUGUACAAGGAUAUGCCGGCACAAAGACCCCUCCCAAAGGUUAUCUAACCGCGGUUCAAGCCCUCUGCCGCAAACACAAUGUUCUUUUUCUCUGCGAUGAGGUCCAGUCCGGUUUCGGCCGUACUGGCUUCGACCUGGCAUAUCAGCGCGAGCCCGGGGUCAAGCCCGAUAUGGUGGCACUUGGGAAAGCCUUGACAGGGGGUGCAACGCCAAUGUCCCUCGUCAUGGGAAAGGCGCACGUCAUGGACAUCAUUGAACAAGGAGACAUAGUCAGCACAUUCGCAGCAUCCCCCGUAGGCUGCGCAGCCGCGUUAGCCGUCCUGGAUGUCCUAGAAGCUGAGGACAUCUCCGCACGAUCCCAGAAUCUGGGUCUCGUUCUCGCAGACGCGAUUGACCGGGCUCAGUUACCUUAUAUUUUGGAACACCGGGGCCGAGACGCCGGGCUGUUCCAGACUCUUGUCGUAGACGAGAAGCCCGAGCUUGGCAUCACGGCUCGCCGGAUUGCGGCGCUUUGCGCACUUCGUGGGGUGCUGUGUGGGAAUGCAGCCAAUCGGUUGCGGCUCAGUCCUCCGCUGGUUAUUACGGAAGAUGCGUUGUGUCGUUCUGUGGAGGUCAUCGCUGGGGCGUUUCGGGAUGUUGGCUCGUUAGGGUUGUUCCCUGGGUCGACGUGA